AUGGCUGCGCCGAGGACGGCGCAGAUACGCGCGCUCGCUCUCAAGCAUCAACCUGACGAAUUUCACCAAUUGUUGCAAGAAGACGGCCGUUUCUGGAUCGCCGCAGUCCUCGACAUUGAGGAAGAAUCAUUUCUGUUCUUGAAAGCGCAACAGCGAACUAAGCUCCAGAAGGUACACAACGCCAUUCACGCACGCUUUCCCGAAAACAACAACAUCGUCCUCAAAGUGGGCGACAAAAUGGUCCCGCCGAAUGGAGUGGUUGGUGACCUUCCUCCUCCAAAAGAAGGGAUUCUUGUCAUUCACGCGGUUAAGGCUGAGGCCAUGGAUCCAGAGUCGGAACCCUUCGCGGCGUCUGAGCGUCCCAGCACAGAUGUUCGUAGCUCGCAAGCCUCAGCGCCGCCGAGACCACCACUCCAUCCGCUGGAUCGCAACCUUAGUAUGACACCCAAAGCGUCUCCACCAGUCAAGCCAGAACGACAAGAUUGGCCAGGCGUUACAGGACGCAUGCCACCCUCCCUUCCAGUGGCAUCCCCUGUACCAUCUGCAUCGCCCGCUCCGCAGAUCUCGUCGGAAAGCUCGGCGACUCCUCUAUCAAAUGGCGUGAGGGAUGAGCACUCGACCACCGCUACUGCGGCCGACCCCACUCCCGACGCUGCUGCUGACGAAAUCGAACCCGAAUACAAGCCGCGAGAGCAGGAAAACCUUUUCGUCGACUCCCAAGAUGCCGGUCCCGCGCAAGUUCCCGAACGCGGACGCUUUCUGGCCCAGCUUGCGAUGGAAGAGACACCCGAACGUCUCGAAGCUGGCGUUCAGGCUGGCCUCAAAGUUCUCUCGGAACUUGAGGUACCACUCAAAGAGUUGGGCCCAAAUGAGGAUGCUCAGGCCUGGCUUACGCAUAUUGCCCGCGUACGAAAGGAGGCGGUACAGAACCGCACUGUUGUCGGAGUGGUGGGAAACACCGGUGCCGGAAAGUCAUCCGUGAUCAAUGCGAUGCUUGACGAAGAACGACUUGUGCCCACGAAUUGUAUGCGAGCAUGUACAGCAGUCGUCACCGAGCUCUCAUACAACCAUUCCACCGACGAACGAGCCAAGUAUCGGGCUGAGAUUGAGUUUAUCAAGCCUGAAGAGUGGCAGAAGGAGCUGAACGUCCUGUUUCAAGAGGCUUUCGACGAAUCCGGGAAAGUGAGUGCAGAGGUCUCCAAUCAAGAUUCUGAAGCUGGUGUGGCGUACGCGAAGAUCAGAGCUGUCUAUUUCAAAAAGACUCGUGAGAUGCUUGCCAGGAGCUCCAUCAAGUCAUUGAUGGCAGACAAGAAAGUGCAAUCUGUCUUGGGCACCACGCGCAAGAUCGUCUCCCCUGAUGUUAAAUCAUUCUACGAAAAAUUGCAGCAAGUGAUUGACUCCAAAGAGAAAGGUCAGGAGAAGCGGGACAAGAAUGGCAACAUCACCCACAAUGUCAAGCGCGAGUUUGAACACUGGCCACUAAUCAAGGUCGUCAAGAUCUACGUGAAGUCGCCCGCGCUAUCCACUGGCGCCGUCAUUGUGGAUUUGCCUGGUGUCCACGACAGCAACGCAGCUCGUGCUGCUGUUGCCGAAGGGUACAUGAAGCAAUGCACUGGCCUUUGGAUAGUUGCUCCCAUCACACGAGCAGUAGACGACAAAGCGGCCAAGAGCCUGCUUGGCGACACAUUCAAGCGGCAACUAAAGUUUGACGGCACAUACUCUGCAGUCACCUUUAUCUGCUCCAAGACGGACGAUAUUUCUCGGACCGAGGCAAUCGAUAGUCUGCAGCUUGGCGACAGAAUGGUCGAGCUCGAUGACCAACUCAGUGACGUUGUCAUUCGCCAACGUCAACUUCGCAAGGAGAAGAGGCAACUGGACGAUGACGCCGAAGAUCAGGACGCAGUACGCGAAGAGUUGGACGAUGCUCUUGAGACCUGGGAGCAAUUGCUUGAACAGGCCGACGCUGGGACAACAGUGUAUGCACCAGAUCAAAGCAAGAAGAGAAAGUCGACGAGUGCUUCUCCUCAAGCAAGAAAGCGACGUCGUCGCACUGUUGACUCCGACGAUGAGGGCGAAACUGAGACUUUAGGUGAGCUGUUAAGCACCCUUGAGCAGGAUGAUACGAACGACACCGGCUCGAUGCGAGAACCACUUACGACAUCCGCCAUUGAGCGCAAGAUCGAAGAGUUGAAGCAGCUGAGGAAAGAAGCCCGCCGUGCAAAGACCGCCGCAAAAUUGCAGAAGGACGAAAUUGCCAAUGAGUUGACUGAGCUCGACGAGAAGGCAGCUAGGCUUGAAGCAGACAAGAGUGCAAUCUGCAUUGCUGGGCGCAACGACUAUUCGCGAGGUGCCAUCCAACAGGACUUCGCUCAAGGCAUUCGAGAGCUUGACAUGGAGAACGCUGAAGAAGAGAAUCCAGACGACUUCAAUCCGGACGAAGACUUACGCGACUACGACGAGGUUGCUAGGACCCUGCCGGUGUUUUGCGUGAGCAGUCGUGCCUACCAGAAGUUAUCAGGCCGCAUGAAGAAAGACAGCCCGGUGCCUGGAUUUACGCACAUCGAUCAAACUGAAGUCCCGCAACUCCAGGCGCACUGCAAAAAGCUUACUGUCAAGGGUCGUCAAGCGAACUGCCGGCGCUUCCUCAACUCGAUGAAGCAGCUCUUGCUCUCGCUGGCGUUGUGGUCGUCUGACGAUGGAACUGGCGUCAAGCUAACAACACAGCAGCAAAGUGUCGAGAAACAGUAUCUUUCGCGGAAGCUCAAGGAUCUGGAGAAGCAUCUCGAGGGCGUCGUUGAAGAUACGCUCAAAGAUGCCGUGGAGACAUUACACGAACAGUUGUUUGCGAAGCUCGACCCGGCCGUCCAAAGUGCGAUUACAGAGGCAGAACCCAAAGCGCAGAGCUGGGGAUUGCCGAAAUCUGCAGGUGGUUUGCACUGGGGAACCUACAGGGCGACGGUCAGGCGCUCGGGAGUCUUCUCUGGGUCAGCUGGUCCACGCGACUUCAAUGCCGACCUCACGGAACCUAUUUAUCGCCAACUUGCCACAACUUGGGAGAAGGUCUUCCAACGCCGCCUCCCAACCAUCUUGCAAACUUUCAAGCGGCAAGCUACGAACGUCGUCAAGCAGUUCCAUGGCGUUAUGGAAGCUCGCACACGCGAGAGAGGCAGCGGAGCAGCCCGCUUGCAAAUGCUCACUCAACAGCUUGACCAGUACUCGAUCACUUUCGGAGACCUGUGCUCUACGGCAGUAACAAGCUUGAACGAAGGUCAGCGAGAGAUCAACCGCGAAUUCGUGCCUGCUAUCUUGGCGGCCAUGGAGCCAGCAUACAACGCUGCCGCUGAGGAGCGUGGAACCGGAUCGUUCAUGCGUAUGAAGGGUCAGGUAACCGGCCACAUUCAGGCCAACAAACAGCAGAUGUUCCAGUCUGCAUCACAGCAAGUCCGCCAGAGUCUAUUGAAGCUCUGCAAGACGAUCAGAGAGUCAAUGCUGCAGAAAGCCGACGAGAUCUAUCUUCACAUGCACAGAGAUUACACUUCUGUCAUGAAUGGUGUCAAUGUGGGCGACAUCAAACUGUCGCGCGAAGAGCGCGUCGCGAGGCGUGAGGUCGAUCAGGUACUCACUGCAACUGACAAGCAUUUCCGCGAAGCUUUGGACGGCGAACUGGAGACUCAAUUCGACACUGAGAAUGAUCAGAGCAACACCAACAAAGACGCUGCUGACGAUUUCAUGGACUUCGAUGACUUCGACGAUGUCGAGAGCGAUGAAGAGGAGGAAGAUGAGGAGGGUCGCGGCCAUGAUUCUGAAGCUGCUUUGUCCGGUUCCGAGCAAAUCGGGGGCGCUGAAGAGAUGUCCAACGCCAGCGCCCUGAGCGAACAGCAUGACGACGAUGGAACGUUUGGCGGAGACGUCUAGCUGACAACUUCGCUUCCAGUACAUCUGGCAGACGAGAUGAUGUUCCUUGCCGGAUCCCUUUGCUGGGAGAUGCAAAAGUGACGCAUAUUACGACUUCAUGCUCUUCCAUUCAAACUUCGACUUUUGCACAUGCGAUACUUUCACCGC